AUGAUUAUCGCAUUUGUGAUAGAUGUUUGUGAAGAUGAGACUCUAGUCGGAUCGUCCCUAUUGGAUAUUGUCAAAGAUGGAAUUCGGAAUUUCCUGGAGUAUAUGAAUGGAACACGGGAUCAAUAUCGAACCAAAUAUCUCUUGGUGUCAUCCGAUAAAAGAGGUUAUUGUAUAAAGGGCAACUAUAUCGAACACAACGAAACUUCUUGUAUAUUUUGGUUUACAGAUGGAAAGAAUUUAAAUUGGUUAAAUAAUGGUCUCGUGUACCCGAAGGAUUCAGAAAAAAGUACAAAUAUAUACAAAGAAAAGUAUCGAUGGGAACAGAGAUUGUAUACUUUUUAUCUUUCGAAAUCAGAUUCGCCUGAUUUUCCAAGACAAUUGGAUUGGAUAAAUAUGAAAAUGCUUGGUCAAUUGUAUAAAAUUCAUACAUUUGAGCAAAUGGUCCAUGCAUUUGAUAAUAUCAUUUGCAUCAAGGAUCCAUAUCCACUUUCUAAAUUACAUCAUAUGCGUCCAUUAAAAAAGACAUGUGGAGUACAUUUGAAUUUAGUUGAACAAGUGGAUGGGUCUCCUGAAAGGAUUAAUCAUUUUGUUCACCUCUACGUCGAUCCGAAUAAGAUAAAUGGAACUUAUCCAAUUCCUGAAGAAUAUUGGAUUGAACCUGAUGCAAUGAGAGGGUUUUCCCCAAAAGUCGUGUAUGAACAUAAGCGUCCAUCGAUUCCUACGGUCAUAUUUUGGAAAACUAAUAAAUUAAGUGCGGACGUAUAUGAUUUGCCACCUCAUUUUUCUCGCGACAUUUACAAAUUAUCAGAUUGUGACGUGAGCAAAGAAUUAUUGAGGCAAAAACCAGGAAUUAAAUGGCCUGUAUAUGUUGAACAUAGUGGACGGCAAAGUCAAGGUGUACUUGGUCAACCGUUUGGAUACUUGACAGUCAUCAGAAAAGAUGAAUAUACUAUGGAAGCAUGUCUCGUUCUCCUUCCAUAUAAUUACAUUGAGUUGGCUCAAUUAUUGAGAACUCAUAAUAUACAGAAUUAUGCAGAACCUUCAAUGGAUUGGAGAAAAGCAAUGGAAGGAUAUUUGUACAAUAUUCCGUGGUACUAUUAUUCGAUACUUGCUAGUACAUUGAAACAGUAUUAUGGAAUUUACAGUAAUAUCUUUCCCAUUUUAAAUAUGGAAAGAUAUGACUCUUGGUGUAAGCAACUCACGAAAGAAGCAGAUGCAAAAUUCAAUCAAAUGAUUGAGGAAAAUAUUUCCAACCGUUUGAAUCUCUUCAAGCCCUUAUUAUUACCUAAAAAGAUUAACGAUUCCGAUUUAAUAGUAGCUAAAACAGAUAGUAAAAGAUGUGAAUUAUUUGAUAUAAUGGAAGCAGUGAUAGAAUUUGAUCCAAAACAUUCAUUACCUAUUGACAUUAUGGGAUCGCAUAUACCAGUAGUUAAGGAAAGGGCAAAACUAGAAUUAAGAGAUCCCGAAAUAUAUCGUGACAAAGUACCUGAUAAGCGAGCAUAUGGUAACCCUUAUAAAAAUCCCGACAAAUAUAAGAAAGCUGUUCAGCAACGUCGGGCUCCAAAAAUGUCUCCAAAAGAGCGGCAAAGAUUAUUAACGUCACCUACGGGAAUCAUUUUUAAUGGUUCAUUCGAGAAAGAAAUUUUACCUUUUAAAAUAGUUCCUGGAAGACAAAUAAUAUUAAAUAUACCGAAAGUACAUGUAAAUACUACGUUACCAAGAAAUCCUUGGGAGGCUGUUCCAGUAGUUCAAACUAAUAAAAUAAAUGGCCAGAUGCGUAGUUAUAAUACUAAAUCUUUAACGCCGCCACCAACACCGCCAAAUCAUAAUAAAAUGUCAACAGCAGACUUGUCAAAUGUUAUGGAAAUUGAUGAUAAUAUACAAAAUAUAUCAAUACCAGUAAAUGAAACCAAUGGCGUUACAAUUCCAAAUCAUGAACAAUCUUUGAUCCAGAAAAUAUCGUAUACUUCACCGGGAUCACAUUAUGAUAAUCACAAUAUAAUACCCAAUGGUAUUGAUAAGCUGAAGAGAGCUGAUUCAACACCACAUAUAAGUACUAAUUCUUUGAGUCAGACAUCAAUUGAAAAAACUUUAAAUAAUUUGGAUGUAUUAAAUCAGGCGGUUGAACUAAAAUUGAAGGUGGCAAUAAAUGGACAUUCGAACCAAGCUGAAGAAUUAUUAUUAAAAAAAUCAAUUUCACCGCAGCCCGAGCCUAGUGGAUUAGAUAUUUUGAGUCAGGUAGCUCAGGAUAUGCUUGGACGACGUGCGAAAUUAUCUCAAAGAGUAAAUCAAAGAUUGAUUACAUUACAACCAGUAAAAGUUGACGAAAGUUUAUCAAAAUUAACAUUCGAAAUCAAGAAAAAAAUUCAAAGUACAAGAACAGUUCAAGAAAUUGUAGGAUUGUCAGACUUUUCAAAAGAAUCAAAGGCACAUUUUGUACUAUCAAUUCAAAAAUAUGCUUUGGCGUCUUCCAAGAAGGAUUUAUCGAAAAAGUUACAACCUAUUGUUGAUAAUUUACAAUCUCUUUUAACGAAACGAAUAAAUUCUCGUCUUACACAACAAUUAAAUUUCGUUAUGCCAAGACAAAAAUAG